AUGAUCGUUAGGCCCUGUUCACAAGCUAUUGUGGCCCUUACCUUCUCGUAUUAUGUGAUCGAACCUUUAUUUCCUGAUUGCGAACAGCCUGCUAUUCCUGUGACCCUUCUUGCUGUCAUCGCUAUCCUUGUUUUAACAUUUGUGAAUUGUAAAGAUGUUAAAUGGGCAACACGUGUACAAGAUAUAUUCACCUAUGCCAAGGUGUUGGCUCUUCUUCUCAUCAUUAUUACUGGAUUUGUACAGCUUGGUAAAGGCAAUUUGGAAUAUUUACAAAAUUCUUUUCAAGACACAGAAAUGGAUGUCACAAAAGUCUCUCUGGCAUUCUAUUCUGGACUUUUUGCUUAUAAUGGCUGGAAUUACUUGAAUUUUGUGAUUGAAGAAUUAAAGGAUCCAGUAAAAAAUUUACCCAAAGCCAUAUGGAUUUCUAUCAUCAUGGUGACAAUCAUUUAUGUGUUUGCAAAUGUGGCUUAUUUUUCUACUGUUAGUCCUGUUGAAAUUAAAUCUGGAGCAGCAGUAGCAGUUAUGUUCUCAAAAAGGCUAUAUGGAAUACUCUGGUGGAUAAUGCCUAUUUUUGUGUCACUCUCAACAUUUGGUGGUGUCAAUGGUAUUCUCUUUACUUCAUCAAGGUUAUUCUUUGUUGGUGGCAGAGAAGGUCACAUGCCCCAAAUCAUGAGUUAUGUUUCUCUCAACAACUACACUCCCAUGCCUGCUGUUUUGUUCAUGGGAAUAUUGUCAUUGUUCUACCUUGUAUCAUCUGAUAUGUAUGCUCUCAUCAACUAUGUGUCAUUUGUCAACUGGUUGGCUAUUGGUCUCUCUGUUAUCUCCCUCCUUUACUUUAGAUACGCAAGACCCAAUAUGAAGAGGCCAAUUAAGGUUAACCUGAUCUGGCCUAUUCUUUAUACCAUUGGAUCUAUCUUUCUUGUGAUUUUACCUAUCUAUGCAAAACCUGUUGAAACUGGUAUUGGCUGCUUAAUCAUUGCCAGUGGAAUUCCAGUUUAUUUAAUCUUUGUCACUUGGAAAAAGAAACCAGCUGCCCUUCAGAGAUUCUUUGAUAAAUCAACUGAAAUAUUGCAGAAGUUGUUAAUGGUUGUUCCUGAAGAAAAGAAAUUAAGUUAA